UUUUUAGCUCAUACUCAACAAGAGAAAGGUGUAGCUCUUAUUUAAUAGGAUGUAAUUUAGUAGGCUAGUUUAGAAAGUUCACUCCCUCACUGUAUGAUGUACGCAUCCUAGAUGAUGGCGAACUUUUUUCUUUGUUUUAUUUUCAUAAAUGUGGUAUUGAUCAGAGUUUCUUGGUCUUAUACCAAAUGUAUCAAGCCAGAAACUGGAAAAACAAAGUAUGGAAACUCUUGCACUUCCAAUUCUCAAUGCUUGACUGAAUAUUGCAGCAAUUCCAAAUGUUCUUGUCCACAAGACUCUUUCCUUGAUGCUGAAAUUGGCAUGUGCGCCAAAAAAGAAGGUAAUAUAAAAGGUCAAAAAGGCGAAUGUGGGUACAUUGUCAGUCCAAGGGAAACUGGCUCUAGCCAUUCAGUGGAAUGGAACAUCGAAGGACAACCAGGCACCUACAUCACAUUGGCCUUACUUUAUAUGGACGUCGAUACAAAGAGCUGUGUAAGCAAAUUUUUACGUAUAAUUGACGGAUCUACAGUUCUAUUUGACCAGACAUGCUAUCGAAACAUUAAAACGUUUGAGAUUUACGCUUCUCAUUCAUCCACGCUUUCAAUCUUCUAUGGAGGAUUUGCAAGCGACGAAUACAAAGGAUUUAGAGGUGUUUACUACAUAAGAGAUAGUUUCAGUAUUUUAUCUGAAACAUUCGGAUUUUUUGCAAGUCCAGGUUAUCCUAUUUCUUAUAAGAAUAACUUUAAUUAUACCUGGCGUAUAUCUGCUUCCCAAGAAAGAAAUAUUUCUGUAAGCGUUGUAGGCAAGACUGAAAAUAAAUUCGAUUUCGUUCAUUUGUACGAGGGGGAAGGUUCAAGUUUAACACUUAAAAAGACCUUCACAGACACAUGGACAUUAGAAUCUGUUUCGUCUAUAACGAAUACUAUGAUGGUCCAGUUUACUUCUGAUGGCAGCAGUGUGUAUUCAGGUUUUUGUGGAACUUACCAAGUGUAUGGUGUCUAUGGUUCAUCAUGUAGCAGCUCUGAACCCUGUGAUAACAGAUAUGGAUGCAAUGCAAACAAAUGUACUUGUUCCUCUAGCCAAUAUUAUGACUAUACUGCAAAAUCUUGUACAAACAGAGUACCAUACCAUUCCUCUUGUACGUCUCAAGAGAUGUGCAUACAAGGAUUGAUUUGUUCAGGGAAUACAUGUUCCUGCAGCUCCACUCAGUAUUAUGACCAAUCCUCAAAGAUCUGUAAAAACAGAGCUUCUUAUGGCUACCUAUGCAGCAGUUCUGUCUUGUGUUUAUCAGGAUUGACUUGCAAUGACGGACUAUGCGGCUGUACACAAAGCCAAUAUUACAAUCAGAUCGUCGGAAUCUGUUACGCUAAGCUUUCUCAUGGGGCCAGUUGCUUAGGUUGUGAAGAGUGUACUUCAGGGUUAGUUUGUCAAAACUCUAAAUGUCGUUGUCCAACAAGUCAGUACUAUGACCAGUCAUCUAAGCGUUGCAUGAGUGGUAUUACAGUGGGCAAUAAAUGCACUUCUCAGGUGCACUGUGCAGAAGGAUUAGAGUGCAUGUCCAACGUCUGCAAAUGUCCAGCAAGUCAAUAUUUUGAGUCUAAUCAAAGAACUUGUAUACACAGACUUCCAGAGAGCUGCAUCUCUGAAGUUUUUACUGUUGAAGGAUAUCAAUGUCUCUCCAGAGCCUGCACAUGUUCGUCAACAUAUUUCUUUCAUGAACGAAGUCAAACUUGCAAGAUUCGCUCAUUUCGAGGAUCCACUUGCAGUAAAACAGAAGAGUGCAUGCCUGGAUUCGGAUGUUACGGGUCUCGGUGCGACUGUUCUUGGAAUCAAUAUUACGAAUCCUCAACUUGCAAAAAUAAAUCGUCUCACGGCAAAUCUUGUGUUUACAAUGGUCAGUGUUUGAGUCCUUUAAUUUGCAUAAAGGGGCAAUGCAUUUGUCCAAUAAACAUGUUUCUCAACACAGCAUCUGUAUGUCAUUAUGAUUCGGCUCUAAUAGCCAAACUUUCCAACAAUUGCAUAAUCAAGACACAUUCGAUUCUUCUGAAAUGGACUAUAGAAAGACCUAGUUCAGCUUACAUGUUCUCUGUUGAAUGGGAAAACAACUCUAUUGAAACCAAUACAAGUGAACUGUAUAUAGAGAAUCUGUCUCCAGGAAGUGAAUACGAUUUUACAAUUAGCACUAAAACAUCGGAGGACGAGUAUUACAAUACGAAAUUCCAGGAGUUUCAAUUAUCAAUAAUAACAAAACAAUCUCACGGUCAGCCAUGUGAUGAGACAUACACAUGUUCCGAACAAGCAAAUUGCACCAAUGGAGUGUGUGUCUGUUUAGACAAGUAUUUUCCAAACGCAUUAACAGAAACCUGUGAACCAAGGCUAAGCAAGGGCUACUUAUGCAACAGUAAUGAAGAAUGUAAAGAAACAAUGACAUGUAUAGAAGGUAGAUGUGGAUGUCAGUCUGAACAAUUUUAUCAUAACAAUGAAGUAGGCUGUUUUACUGUGCUAAAGAAAGGACAACUCUGUGAUCCUUCAAUUGAAAAUAUGUGCAAGUUGCCGGACCUUAUAUGUACAAGUGAAUCUCCAUACACGUUGAAUUACACUUGUCAACAAAAUACUAACCUACCUUCAAAAGAAAACUUCAACACAGUAAUAAUUGUUGCGGUUAUUGUUGGCGUGAUGACUGUCCUGGUAGCUGGCAUUAUAGUCUACAUUAUAUAUUUAAGAAAGCGAAAGAAAUCUCAAAAUAAUGUCUGCAGCAAGGAUUUUCAAGAAGCACAGCCUAUUAGUGACAAACUUACAAAUAAAACUGAUUCCAAGGUUCCUACAAUAAAUGACUACAAAUCUUUUCCUGUGAGAACAGGCUCCGAUUCUUCUCUCUAUCUAAAUCAAAGAGAUUUGAAAUUGACUUCGUCCGCAGCAGUCACUGCUCAAACUACGUCACCAGCAGCCAAGGCAGCUUCUUCUAAGAUACUUUCUAAUCAUUUCAACAGUACUUGUGAACCGGAAGGUGUAGAUGAGGUCGAAGUGAACUAUGAAGAUGUUGACAUUGAACUUUAUGGAAAUGUAACUGCUAUCAAGGACAACUUUUCAGACGAUGUGUAUCAGAAUGCUGGAAACUAUAGAACAUAAAUCAAAGAAAGUUUUCUUUUACUGUACUCUGUUACUAUGCUGUAAUAUUUGACAGACAGUAGAAUCAUAUUUUUUCUAACAUCAUUUGUGCGAAAACUUUGUCCCACUUUUGCAAAGCUGGUUAAUAAGAAAAGGAACUAAAUCAGCCUACCCGGUAGGAAUACGUAUUAAUUAUUUGACGUACUGCAAAUUACAGACGUUCCUUAAAAACAAAAGAUAAUUACGUCAUAUUCGUUACCUUUACCUGUUGGACCGUUGGGGCACCAUGCUAGAUUACUCUACCAUCUUUAUCCAUUCGUCUCUGUCUUUUGCAUUAGUUAGAACCUCUUUCAAGGGCAGGCCCGUGAAAUCUUUUUGUAGUCUUCCAUCUCUUUCUCUUUCUGCCUCUUUUUCUUGGUACUGUUCCCUGAAGGAAGGUCUUUGCUAGCCCCGUCAUAUGCAUAUCCAUGUGUUUAUGUGAAUUAGAGACUUAGACUCUGUUUUUCUGUUACUGUAUUUUUUUUUUUAGCUGAUUCAUGCGAUGUACCUGUUCCUUGCUUAAAUACGAAUUUAUUCUAGCGUAUGAAAAUGUGCCUAUAUCUUAUGUCAUACCAAUUGCAAUAAAAAAUGAAAGCUCGAAAUGUUUAAAGCAAAACAACUAUUGAACUGUAAUUAACCACAAAUAAAAUAACAUAAUGUUCAAGGAUUUUAUAAAACACACUUAAAUACACACUUAAACUUAUUAACUUUAUAUUGUUAACGUCAAUCAGUAUUCACACAAGUUCCCUUUCUUGGUUUAAUUCAUCACACGCCCACUCUUUUAAUUGAACCGUUGACAUCAUUCGAGCAUGAAGGUGUUGUUAACCUUGGCCGGCUACCUCUGCUGCUUUGCCUCGAUGCCCGAACGUUGACAGUCUUCAGGAGAGAACUCUUAAGAAAUAAUCAGGAACGCGUCACCCUUAGGGAAACGUCAGGCACACAGUGCUACUAUGUGGCUGAACCCGAGACGCUACUGAUCCCAAAAUGUAUUGGACAGAUGCCGUUCCUUUGAACGCAUCGUCUGCGUGAAGACUGAGUAAAUGCCGUGUUGGCAACUUUGGUCCGAACUUAUCAAUGACCCAUGCAUUCAUCUCAUUAUCUUAAGCCCUAAGCUAAACAGUAAACGACGUGGUGAACCAUUCUACGACUGAUGGAAGCUAACUACUAUAGUAGCUAUACUACUUUUGAUAUUACAUCAAUACACACACUAUUAAUAUCCAUACUCUGUUUCUUCCUCUAUGACACGCUAAAUAUAUCUAUUUAAUAAUAUCAUUAAGCGCAUUGUUAAUAGAACUAUCGAAAUAGCAAAACUCCAUGUGAACUUUUAGUGUCAAGUUGGCAUUCUUUACAAUAUUUAUGCUUAGUGAUAAGGAUCUGUCUGCCUUAACCAGUUGGAACAUGUAGAAGAAAUUGUUUAUUUUAUGAUGGUCUAUAAUUCAAUGCACAGCGAGCCCAAUAAAAGAUAAUAUACAAUAUAUCAGUAUUAUAAGAAUCUUACAUGAUAAGCAUGCAAAGUAAUUCACAUUUAUUUUAUAUCUUUUUAAACACGGUUUUGUUAAGCGCAAAUUAUAGGCUUAUUACCUGCUCAGUGCACUAUAAUCCAAUCUCUUUUAUGGGGAAGUAAGUAGCCUUUAGGCACUCAGCAAACACAACUCUGCUUGACGGGGGUUUCAACCUCUAGCCCCCUUGUUAGGUGGUCAAGCGGUUUUCGCCAGCCACUCUAACCCAGAUCCUGAAUGCAUGUUUUAGACUUUUUAUAUGCUUAAUAUGGAGCAGAGGGGCAGCUUUGAAGGAAACGUUCGAGGAGCCUUUGAUUUUUCCUAUUUACCACCGAUCCAGGUCUCAGAGUCAUACAAAAAAUGUGUUGAGAACCAGUGCUAAUUUGAAAUAGAUUUUUAUGCAAAUUUGAUUUUCAAUCACCACUAAUAUAACUUUAAUGAAAAUAUUGUAUAAUGUGGGCAAUUUUUCUUUCUUCUGUGUGAUUUUGUCUAUAAAAUAAAUGACUUAUGAUCGAACA